UCUAAUUGCCCGGGGACACCUUGCUUCCCUUUCUUGCCGCUGCGAAUUGGUGCUGCGAAUUGGUUAGGCGAGUUAGGGUUUUCUAUUUUGCUCAGUUCGCACGGAGGAGCGAGGCGUAGCGAGAUGGACGAGGACAUUACGGGCGGUGGCAGUGGGAGGUUGGGGAAGAAGCCAUCGGAGAGCGGGAUAGAGGUGGACUACAAGACGAAGUCGGGCACGGCAUGGAGCCACUCUUACCUCAACCAGAAGCCGUGGCACCCCCUCUCCUACCCCAACCAGCGACGCAAAUGGAUCGCCGAGCAGACCAACGCCAACCGAGCUAGCCGCGCCGAGGAGGUUGCCCGGGAGUUUGCUCAGGAGCAAGAGUUCUUCCGGCAAACAGCCCUCUUUUCCCAGAAAGAAAAGGAAAAGGUGGAGAUGAUGAAAGCUGUGAGUUUUAUGUAUGUAAGACCACCUGGUUAUAACCCUGAAAGUGCCAAAGCUGCAGAAAUUGCAGACGAGCAGAAGAGGUUGGGUCAAACUAACACAGAGCAGAAUCCUACAGAAGGAGACAGCUCAACAAUACCUGAUACAAAAGCUAAGGCAGUUCGAGAAAAGAAGCCAAGACCAAAAGAUGUAUUUGGUCGAUCUUUACCGACGGAAGAAGAAUUUGAAGUGUUGAAAAAUGCCCCUAGGCUGGAGACUGGUGUGCCGGUGAGAAUAAAACCAUUUGCCGUUGAAGUUCGAAAUGUAAGAUGUGUAAGAUGUGGAACUUUUGGCCACCAAAGUGGAGAUCGUGAAUGCCCCUUGAAAGAUGUCAUAAUGCCCAAUGAAGAGAGUCGAUUAAAGAGGGAUGAUCCUCUUACAGCUAUAAUGGCACAGACAGAUUCUAGUGAGCCUAUGAAGUGGGAACUGAAGCAGAAACCUGGCAUGAGCCCCCCAAGGGGUGGCUUCAGACCAGAUGACCCUAAUCAGCAGAUAGUAGCAGAGGACAUAUUCGAUGAGUACGGAGGAUUUUUGGGCGAAGGCAUCCCCUCACUUCUUUCCAACAUCUCUGCUGGAAAAUCUAUAAAGCAUCCCAAGCAUAAAAGUAAAGAGAAGAAACGAACAUCGGGAACUCAUAAUAGAAGCAAGAACUGGCACGAUGAUGGCCCGCCAUUAUCAUCGGAUUUUGAAGUUAAGAAGGAAAGCAGGAGAGGCUCCAAGAGCAGGAUUGCUGACCAACUUUCAGAUUCUUCCUCAUCUUCAGACUCUGAAGCACGUAGGGAUAGCAGGCGGCCACCACCGACAAGCAAAAAAAAGAAACAUCAAGUGCAAGGUUCAGCAACUGGUUCAGAAGGCGGUAGGGAAAGCAGGAGGCAACAUUCAGACAGAAAGCACAAGAAGCAGCAUCGCCAUCUAGCUUCGUUGUCAUCUGACACUGAAUCUGAUAGCCAAAAGAGGCAGAAAUCAACAUCCAAGCAUAAGAAGAGACACCGUGCAAACUCAAGUACAUCGGACAGUUAUGAUUCUGAUCACCAUCAUCGUCAUUGUCACAGGAACCACAGACAUCAUCAUCGUCGCCGAAAAGAUGAUAUGGAAUACCAAUCAGACUGAAUCCUUGUGCCAAUUAAACCAAAUGGAUCUGAAAUUCUGAUCAUAGUUUGCUGGUCGGCUAAAUAUUGAGCAUACAGGAUAACUUGAUAUCGAAUUCGACCUGUUGUCCAUGUUCUCAUGAAGUUCUUGUGCUUAGCAGUCUAGAGGGAAGCUAUGAACGCAUCAGACUCUUAGCAAAGGUUCCAUUCCAUUUUAAUGUUCUAUGCAUUGAAAAUGGCUGUCUAAAAGAACAAUUACUUCAACUUUUGCCAUGUCAUUGUCAAAUAGAAGCAGGUGGAUGGCUUGUAACUCACUCCGGACAAUGUUUUAUUUGCACUUGUUUCGGGUGUGAAAGCUUUUUAUU